GCAACAGUUCAAGAAGAACCACACAUGGAGUCUGCCAAGAAGUGAGCCACAGUGCUGGUUUAGAUCACGUAAUCUAAGGGAAGUGGUGAGACAGUUGAGCAGACUUGCUCACAGAGACAGCCAAGUGUGUGCUUCUAAAUUAAAUCAAUGGCUGACCUCCAAGGCUCACCAUUUAACAUUUUCUUUGCCUUUUGUGCCUGGAUUUGUACUAGGCUCCAGUGGAACCUACCUUUUGUGGAAAAACACAGGUGGCCUGUUUGUUACUGCUCAGUGUAAAGCCAAGCAUGGCCACAGGAAUCGCUUGUCACACCAAGAUGAUGAUGAUGAAGAUUCUGACAAGAAGUCCUCUCAUCCAGACUUUCAGUGGGAUUUGUUUCUGCAGCUUUUAUGGGCAGAUAUUUUCUAUCUGCUGGGUGCUGUGCUGACUGCUAUGGGAGCCGCCAUGGUUAACAUUCAGAUCCCGUUGAUGCUGGGGGAGGUGACAAACAUCGUCACCAAGUUUGCAGCAGAGACUACAUCAGAUGUGGCUCAGUUCCUAGCAGAGAUCAAACUACCUGCUGUCAAACUGCUGUGCAUCUACUGUCUUCAGGGCUUACUAACUUUCAGCUACAUCAGCUUGCUGUCUGUUGUCGGAGAAAACUUGGCAGCUCGAAUGAGGAAGCGACUGUUUAAUUCACUGCUACAGCAAGAAAUUGCAUUCUUUGACACCCACAAGACAGGAGAGCUUGUCGAUAGACUAACCUCGGAUGUUCAGGACUUCAAGAGUUCUUUCAAAAUCACCAUUUCACAAGGUUUAAGAGCAUCCACUCAGAUAAUUGGCUGUGUCGUGUCCUUGUUCAUGAUCUCGGCAAAACUAACAUUUGUCAUGUUGGGUGUGCUUCCGGUGGUUAUCAUAGGUGGCACCACGCUGGGUGCCUUGUUACGGUCACUGUCUAGAGAUGCCCAGGAACAAAUAGCAAAGUCCACAGCCAUUGCAGAUGAAGCUUUGGGCAAUGUUCGGACAGUCAGAGCUUUUGCUAUGGAGCAGAAGGAAUUUGAACUGUACGAGAAACAAGUGGACAAGUCUAGUAUCAUGAACCUGAAGCUAGGCAUUGGUAUUGGUGCCUUCCAGGGUGCCACAAAUAUUUUUCUCAACAGUAUAGUGUUGGGGUCUCUAUUUACUGGUGGCUGGCUUAUCUCUACACAUGAGCUCAAGGCUGGUGACCUGAUCUCCUUCCUGGUGGCAACACAGAUGGUUGAGAGAUCAAUGGCACAGCUGUCCUUACUGUUUGGACAUGUAGUCAGUGGGUUAUCAGCCGGAGCCCGUGUGCUUGAGUAUAUCAACCUGAAACCAACAGUGCUUCUGACGGGAGGACGCAAGAUUCCAUUCCACUCCUUCCUUGGAGAUAUCGAGUUUUCCGGAGUUCAUUUCCACUAUCCCUCCAGGAAACAGGAUGUGCUGAACAACUUCAGCUUGAAGAUUCCUGGUGGGAAGAUGGUAGCACUGGUUGGGCUUUCGGGCGGAGGCAAGUCAACACUGGCUGUUCUGCUAGAGAGGUUCUACGAUGCGACGGCGGGACAAAUUACCAUUGAUGGCAUCGACAUCAGAGAGCUUGACCCUUCAUGGCUGAGAGGUCAUGCUAUAGGCUUUAUUAACCAGGAACCGGUGUUGUUUGCUACAACAGUUAUGGAGAAUAUUCGUUAUGGCAGACCUGACGCUACCGAUCAGGAGGUAAUUGAAGCUGCCAAACUGGCCAACGCUCAUCAAUUUAUUGAAGGCUUUCCGAAUGGCUACAGAACUGUACUGGGAGAACGAGGGGUGACAGUUUCAGGGGGACAGAAACAAAGAAUUGCUAUUGCCAGGGCACUCAUCAAAAACCCCUCUAUUCUCAUUUUAGACGAGGCUACAAGUGCUCUGGAUGCUGAGUCAGAGAGGCUGGUCCAGGAAGCCUUGGAUCAUGUUGUGAAAGGAAGGACAACUCUUGUGAUUGCCCACAGACUCAGCACUAUACGAGAUGCAGAUUUGAUCGCAGUUAUCUCCAAGGGACGACUCAUGGAGCUGGGCAGUCACCAACAGCUGAAGGCCAAGAAAGGAAUCUACUGGGAGCUCAUCAAGAAACAAGAGUUGGAGGAGGAGCUCGAGAACAGCUAG